AUGUUCUCCUCAAUGCCACCGACUGCCAACGGAGGCGAUAGCGCCAGCAACAAGAAGGGCAACUGGUUCUGGUCGCUCCGCCGGCAGCCGAAGGCGAAGAAGUCCGUGCUGGAACCGGACAAACCGAAGCAGCAAAGCUGCGUCGAUUUAUCGGCCGACAACGGGAUGCUGUACGGUGGCGUGAAUGGAUCCGCGCUGCAACACGGCAACCAUCGGCUCGAUGAGGUGUCGGUGAGCAGCUCGUCCAUCGAGGGCCGGAUACCGGACAGUGGGUGUACCUGCGAGUACGUCCAGCUCGGCGCCGUCGAGCCACAGGAAACGAGCGCAGACAUCUCGACGACGGCCACCGUCACGACGACCGUGGCGCGGCAUCUGAACGACCUGCUACCUCCGGGGGUGAGCUCAUCCUCCGACAGUAACCUUGCCUUAAGCUCCAAACCCGAUGACGCUGCCACCGGGGCCGGUAUCGGGGCUGGUUCCUCGCCAGAUGGCGCCACAACGGCGACACCGGCGGUGUACGAAACGAACAGUUUGCGGCGCCGCCGGGAACGGGUGUACUGCUCGAAGACGGUUACGACGGUCACGAAGACCACGGUGAUGAACCGACAGCGGACGUACCGCGUCGGGCUGAUCUUCAGCGAUAACGGAGAACUGCUGAACAGCAAUCUGGACCUGCGGCAGCUGGUCGAGGAGAGCAAGCAGAACUUCCUGAACGCCCUCGGCCACAACGGUGCCCCCUGUCCGCUGGACGAAGUGUCCACAAUCCCACCACCGCCACGAUUACCUAAGUAUCCCGAACUGAACAACAACGCCCAGGAGGGCCGCCGAGCGUCACAGGAUCGAUCGUUGCGGCAUCAGUUCAGCAUACUGGACGAUAGCAACUUCGACUACAUCGACGACAGUGCCGAUCUGUUCAACCGGAACUACCCCCAUCAGCCGGCGGCGGUGGCACCCAGCAGCAAUGGCGUUCGUCCGUCCGGCGAACCAGUGGCUCCCGUCGCGGCGUUCCCCGUUACCAAAGUGUUGAAAAUGUGUAAUAACUGUAAAAACAAAAGCAAUCUAGUCUACAAGCGGAGCUGCUCCCAGCCGGAUCGGAAGCAAAUCAACGAUGAGCUGAUUGAGGUCGAAUCGGAAAUGAAAGCGCACGAAAGCAAGGAGGAGAACAAACAUUCCAACAAAGACAAGCAGAUGGCGCUGGGGAGGAAAAAGUUCAACAUGGAUCCAAAGAAAGGCAUAGAAUUUUUAUACGAAAACCAACUUCUCAAGACCGACGCACAGGAUGUAGCUCAGUUUCUCUACAAAGGCGAAGGACUCAACAAAACAGCGAUCGGUGAUUAUUUGGGUGAGAAAAAUGACUUCAACGAGCAGGUGUUGAAGGCCUUCGUAGAACUGCACGAUUUUACGAACUUGAUACUGGUGCAAGCUUUAAGGCAAUUCCUCUGGUCAUUCAGACUGCCCGGUGAGGCGCAGAAGAUCGAUCGUAUGAUGGAAUGCUUCGCUCAACGGUACUGCCAGCUCAAUCCCGACAUCUUCACCAACACGGACACGUGCUACGUGCUGAGUUUUGCCAUCAUCAUGCUCAACACGUCGCUCCAUAAUCCCUCGGUCAAGGAAAAGCCUACGGUUGAACAGUUCAUUUCCAUGAACCGUGGUAUCAACAACGGUGGUGAUCUUCCACGCGAGCUUUUGGAGUCCCUGUACGAGUCGAUACGUGCCGAGCCGUUCAAAAUACCGCAGGAUGAUGGUAACGAUCUGAUGCACACCUUUUUCAAUCCCGACAAGGAGGGCUGGCUGUGGAAGCAAGGCGGAAGGUAUAAAUCGUGGAAACGCCGUUGGUUCAUUUUGAACGAUAAUUGUCUGUAUUACUUCGAGUACACCACCGACAAGGAGCCGAGGGGCAUCAUUCCAUUGGAAAACAUUGCGGUGCGGGAAGUAACGGACCGCAGCAAACCGCACUGCUUCGAGCUGCACGCGAGCGGCGGGGCGGACAUUAUCAAGGCCUGCAAAACCGACAGCGAGGGCAAGGUGGUGGAAGGUAAGCACACCGUUUACCGCAUGUCCGCCGCAACCGAGGAGGAGCAGCUGGAGUGGAUCAGCCGCCUGAACCAGUCGAUCAGCCACAAUCCGUUCCACGACAUUCUAGUACAAAGGAAAAAGAAGGCUCUGGCAAAAAGUUAGUUAGCGCUUUCCUCUUGUCUGAAAAACUAAAAACCAUAAUGUCCACACAUCAGCUCCACAGCUCCAUUACCAAAAAAGAAACGUAAAAACAAUAACACAAAAAAUGAGAGAAAACGGCCAAAACUGCUUGAGAUGAAUGUGUGUUGGUGGCGAUCAUUUUGGGCACAAACCAUUUUAGGAAGGAUAAUUGCUAGGAUCAUGGUUCGA